GGAUAAAAAAGAGAAUAUAGAAGAACAAAUCACCAGUGAAGAAAAAGAAAACCCCCAAAACCCUAGGAAAAAAAACUUGCUACAGAGGAAAAAUGAAUCUCAAAGAUGUUAAGCCUCCAAAGAUCCCAGGAGGAGUAAAUGCUGCUUCUGCUUUGAUCAAAGUUGGAAUAGUCGGUGGUCUUGGUUUAUACGCAGCUUUCAACAGUCUCUACAAUGUUGAAGGAGGACAUCGAGCUAUUGUUUUCAAUCGUAUCACUGGUGUCAAAGAUAAGGUUUAUCCUGAAGGAACACAUCUAAUGGUCCCGUGGUUUGAGAGGCCUGUCAUUUAUGAUGUCCGAGCACGACCUCAUCUUGUCGAAAGUACUUCCGGGAGCCGUGACCUUCAGAUGGUCAAGAUUGGGCUUCGAGUUUUGACACGACCCGUGGCUGACCAGUUACCAACAAUAUACCGAACUCUUGGGGAGAACUACAAUGAGAGGGUCCUGCCAUCAAUAAUCCAUGAAACGCUGAAAGCUGUGGUCGCACAAUAUAAUGCCAGCCAGCUUCUCACACAGAGAGAGGCUGUUAGUAGGGAAAUACGGAAAGUACUGACAGAGAGGGCUACCAACUUUAACCUUGCAUUGGACGAUGUGUCAAUAACAACCCUAACUUUCGGAAGGGAGUUUACAGCUGCAAUUGAAGCUAAACAGGUUGCUGCGCAAGAAGCCGAGAGAGCCAAGUUUGUGGUAGAGAAAGCAGAGCAGGACAAACGAAGUGCUAUUAUCAGAGCUCAGGGAGAGGCUAAGAGUGCUCAGCUAAUUGGGGAUGCCAUUGCAAACAAUCCAGCUUUCAUCACAUUAAGGAGAAUUGAAGCUGCAAGGGAAAUUGCACAUACAAUCUCGAAUUCCAACAACAAGGUUUUCUUGAACUCCUCUGACCUGUUGUUGAACCUUCAAGGAAUGACCCUGGAGCCAGCAAAAUUGAAGUAAUUAGUAAGUAGAAAUUUGAGAUAAAGACAGACCUUUUGUUCAAACCCCUUGGCUUCUCUUCUUCUUUUGCUAGUGAAAUAUGCUGUAGGUUGGUAACGUUAUUAGUGUGGGUAUUCUCAAGUGUUUUUUCUUUUUCUUCCAAGACUGAAGUUGAGGGUACAAUAAAUGCGUUCACGUAGGGCUUUGGGGGGAUUGUAUAAAAAAGGGAAACUUCGGUGAUUGGUCUUGGAAACAUUCAGAUUCUAGUUUUGUUUGUUUUAUUAAGGUGAUGCUUAAUUCUCAGAUUAAGCUGAAUUUUUAAUAUGUUAAGAUAGUUUUCUGGUUAGUCCUACAA